AUGGGACUAGAGGCUUGCAACCUACCCAUGGGUUUCAAAUUUUAUGCAAAACACAGCAAUAGAAAAGAGUCUCCUGAUUCCGGAGGAAAGCCUGCCCGUACGCUUGAGUCGGAUGCGGCCAUUGAAGAUCUGAUGAUGCAAGCCAGGAAGUUUAAGUAUGACGUCAUCGGACUGACCGAGACGAGGCGACGCCACCCACUGACCGCCAUGUAUGACACUGGAGAAAACCUGUUCUUAGAAACAUACGAUAGUAGAGGAACUGGUGGAGUUGGUGUCCUCGUCAACACUUUCGACAACUUACAACCCGAAUCGGACGUCUGCGGAUGA